AGUGGGGGGUAGUUUGUCCGUUAUAAAGUUCGUUAAGCUAAACUAGUAAAAAUCAGCGUGACUGGUGUGCGCGUUAUCCUCCUCAAUCCUCCUCAUCUUCAUCUUCAUCUCCAUUCACAGAACACUGCGUCUUGUACCUGCGUUUAGGCAGAUUAGGCUCUACUCUAUCCCUAUGAAAUAGUAUGUUGCUUCCUUUUACUCAUCUCCACCACCCCAACUCCUCAAUCCCCUCUAAACCCCUCUUUCACCAAUCACGUUUCCCCAUCAUCUUCUUCCCGUCGCUGCUUCCUAAAACCCUCAUCUCCCCAACCCCCAGAUCCUCCAGUUUCCUCAUCAGGACCUCCGCCUCCGCCUCCGACACUAAUACCCUCCCCAAGUCCGCCAUCCAACGCAUUGCCGACAAGCUCCGCAGCCUCGGCGUCACCGAAGAAACUCCAAGCCCAAACCCUGGCCUCAAUGCCGGACCCGAUUAUGAAACUUCGGCCGGGGAAAUAUUUAUCCCCCUGCCCAAUCGAGUACCGAAGCGCCGGGUUGGGUUCACAAUCGAUAGGAGCUGGUCCACGCCGGAAAACCCGGUUCCCGAGCCAGGUACUGGCUCGGCAAUAGCGAAGUACCAUGAGGUGAGGAGGGAGGUGUUCAAGCAGAAGGCCCUGGAGAGGAAAGAUAAGAAGGAGAAGAGAGAGGAAAGGGCGCCAACAUUGGCGGAGCUGACUUUGAACGAGAUGGAGCUGCGGAGAUUGAGGAAAAUCGGCAUUGAAACGAGAAAGAAGCUGAAGAUAGGGAAGGCCGGGAUCACGGAAGGGAUAGUGAAUGGCAUUCACGAGCGGUGGCGGCACUCCGAGGUCGUCAAGAUCGUCUGCGAGGAUCUAUGUAGGAAGAACAUGAAGAGGACUCAUGAUUUAUUGGAGAGGACAACUGGAGGUCUGGUUGUAUGGAGGUCUGGAAGUAAGAUAGUGUUGUAUAGGGGUGCCAAUUAUAAGUAUCCUUACUUUUUGUCUGAUGAGAUUUUGCCAAAUGAGAUUUCUACUGAUGCUUUACUGGAUCCGAACAUGGAUGAUGGAGGAAGUGAUAAAAUGGAGAGCUGCUCACCGAGCAUGGUUGGUGUAGAAUCUUCUAUAACAAGUCCAACCAAAACAAUAUCUCAACCGAAAUUAAUACAAGGUGUUGGUAGGCAAAAUAGAGUAAGAUUUCAACUGCCAGGUGAGGCACAGCUUGCGGAAGUAGCUGAUCGCUUGUUAGAGGGGUUGGGCCCACGUUUUACUGAUUGGUGGGGUUAUGACCCUCUACCUGUUGAUGCUGAUCUUCUCCCUGCCGUUGUUCCUGGAUACAGGAGACCUUUCCGCCUUCUUCCAUAUGGUGUGAAGCCUAUAUUAACCAAUGAUGAAAUGACCACUUUAAAAAGACUUGGUCGACCAAUGGCGUGCCAUUUUGCACUAGGAAGAAAUAGGAAUCUUCAAGGAUUAGCUGCUUCGAUUGUCAAGCUCUGGGAAAAAUGUGAGAUCGCCAAGAUUGCUGUUAAGAGAGGGGUACAGAAUACUAAUAGUGAGAUGAUGGCUGCAGAGCUGAAGCGGCUGACUGGAGGAGUACUGCUUUCCCGGGAUUCAGAGUUUUUUGUAUUAUAUAGAGGAAAAGAUUUCCUGCCACUUUCAGUUUGUUCUGCAAUAGAAGAGCGGAGGAGGCAUGGAAUUCAUGGGGAGAAAGAGAGGGCAAACUGUAGUACAACAGUGACAACUGCACCGGAGCUUAAACUCGGGAAUGCAGAGGGUGGUUCUGAAAGUGAACUUGAUGGGGCCAAUUACAAGGAAAAGGGUGGAAUCUCAGAACAGAGAAUGUUACGGUCCACAGAGGCAGUUAUCAAAAGAACUAGCAUCAAGUUAUCAAUGGCAUUAGAAAAGAAAGCAAAGGCAGAGAAACUUCUGGCAGAGCUUGAGGAGGCAGAGAUCCCCCAAGCACCUGAAAUAGAUAAAGAAGGUAUAACUGAAGAAGAAAGGAAUAUGCUAAGGAAGGUUGGCUUGAGAAUGAAACCUUUCCUACUGAUGGGUAGACGAGGGAUUUUUGAUGGCACAGUUGAAAACAUGCAUCUUCACUGGAAGUACAGGGAACUUGUGAAGGUGAUAUCUAAAGAGAAAAGCAUUGGAGCUGUUCACCAAGAAGCACGGACCUUAGAAGCAGAAAGCGGGGGAAUAUUAGUGGCAGUGGAAAGAGUGAAUAAGGGUUAUGCAAUCAUUGUGUACCGUGGGAAGAACUACAAAAGACCUGCUUCUCUAAGACCUCAGACGCUUCUUAAUAAAAGAGAAGCAAUGAAGCGUUCUCUAGAGGCACAGCGGCGAAAGUCUCUAAAACUUCAUGUUUUGAAGCUUAACAAAAACAUAGAUGACUUGAAACUUCAGUUGGUUAAGGACAAGAAGGUAAACAAUAUACAGUCAGUUGACAAAUUGAGAAAUAAAUUUGUGAAAGAGGAUAUGAGCCGUGUGCAGCCAACUGAAUGCUCUAGAUCACAUGCAGAAGUUAAAUAUGAACAUCUCUCUCACCCAGUAAUUUCUGCAUGCCAUGAAGAGAAUGCAGAGGCUAAAGACAAACAUGGAGCUCAUUCAGCUUCCAUGAACUUUAAUGAGGGUGUGAAUGCUCCAAUAAACAACAUUCUACAAUCCACUCAACAGGAUGAAGUAAUUGGCCUCUCAGCGAUGUCCGAGGGGGAUCCUGCUGGUAAAGUUGAAAUAGGAUCAUCUGAAUCAGUCAGUAAAGAAACUCAUGCAAAUGUGUUCAUGGAUAAGAAUGGUGAAGUUGGAGCUGCUGUCUCUACAUCUUUCCCCGAUAACUUUAUGUCAGAAGGAAAGAGGCAUUCUGCAGUAGUUGAGGAUUCUGCUUACGAUAACAAGGCGAAAGAGUUAUCAGAUAAGUCAGUGAAAACUGAUUCCAAACCAGAUCGACUAACGAUGGAAAAUGGAUCAAAGAUGCCUCACAGAGCUUUACAGCUUUCAAAUAAAGAGAGGCUGCUUUUACGAAAGCAAGCCCUUAAGAUGAAAAAACGUCCUGUACUGGCAGUAGGGAGGAGUAACAUUGUCACUGGUGUAGCAAAAACAAUAAUGGCGCACUUUAAGAAGCAUCCUCUUGCUAUAGUAAAUGUCAAAGGUAGAGCAAAAGGCACUUCAGUCCAGGAAGUGGUUUUUCUGCUGGAGCAAGCAACUGGUGCAGUUCUCGUCUCUCAGGAGCCUAGCAAAGUCAUACUUUAUAGAGGUUGGGGAGCAGGAGAUAAACCUGGGCAUAUUGAAAAGAAGAAUGCUAGGGUUGCUGGGGAAGAGGGUGCAACUCAGCUAACUGUCUCUCCUGAACUCUUGGCAGCAAUCAGACUGGAAUGUGGAUUACAGAGUUACCACAAGGAAGAGAUGGCUCUAUAGCAUCGAACCAAUGCUUGAAUCGGUGGGUAUUGCUGCAACCAUGUGGCCUCAUGAUUAUCCGAAAUAGUAAAAAUUUCCCCCACUUCUUUGGUAUUGGAUAGUGUUCAAAUGAAAGAGAUCAGAACCAUACCAAGUAAUCUCAUUUACAAUAAUCAGCAGGUUCCAACCAUGGGAGACAUGCACAGGCUUGCUAUAUGUCCAACCUGCCCACCCAAACCCCCGUUACACAAUGCUGCUGGAAACUUGCUCCUGUCUGCUUGAGAUGGCAAUGACAUCUUUGAAAUAGUCGGCAUUAGCUCUCUUGUAUUUGUCUAUUCUUCCUCUAUAUACACCAGGGAUUUGUUUCAUCAAACAGAGAAGGAAUACACUAGUGAAGUCUCAUGUUGAUAUUGCAAUGUAAAACAUGUGCGAGUGAUGCUUAUGUUUUUAGAACGUUGGCUAUGAGGCGAAGUGGAAAUCAACCGGACGUCUCUUGUCUUGAUUUUA